AUGGCGGCUGAAGAACAGCAGAGUAAUGAUCCACUACCUCCGAAUCAUGCUCAGCCACCGUCUCCGGCGCCGGCUAUAGCUACUGGUGCACCUCCUGCCGCUUUGCCUCAGUAUCCAGAGUUGAUUAUGAAUGCAAUUGAGGCGUUGAACGAUAAGAAUGGCUCAAACAAAUCAGCAAUUUCAAAGCAGAUUGAGGCAACCUAUGGAAACCUUCCACCGGCCCAUUUAACCCUUCUUUCUCAUCACCUCAACAAGAUGAAGGCCAGCGGACAGCUCCUUUUUGUGAAGAACAACUACAUGAAGCCGGGCCCAGAUGCCCCGCCUCGCCGCGGCCGUGGCCGUCCACCUAAGCCGAAGAUACCUCUUCCACCCGGCACCGUUCUUCCUCCUCCUCGACCCCGCGGCCGCCCGCCGAAAUCCAGGGAUCCCAAUGAUCCGCCUCCUCCUCCUAAGCCGAAAGCUGCUUCUGGCAAGAAACGUGGACGACCGCCGAAGGUUUCGAAAACCGGUGUUUCUACGCUGCCGCCGCCUUCAACCGCAAUUGGAGCAGCAAGUGGGGUGCCAAGAGGCCGGGGAAGACCACCGAAAGUGAAGCCAGUCGUGGCUGCUCCGGUAGGGGCUUGA